AUGUCGUGGGAAUCGGUUGCCGCCAAAAAGCGCCAGGCCUUAAAGAACGCUAUUCCUCCUGAAUGGGUCAUCCCCGCUGAGAUCUUCCCACCAGAGGACCAGCUGGAUGUGACCAACUUUCCUAAGGACUCCGGCUUCUUUACUGAUCGCGAGCUGGAGAUUACUUCGACGCCUGCGCAGGGAAUCCUAGAUCGUCUGGCUUCAGGGUCAUGGACGGCGGAGGAGGUGACGAGGACAUUCUGCAAGACUGCUGCUGUAGCCCAACAAUUGACAAACUGCUUGUCAGAAAUUCUCUUUGACAGAGCUAUUGCCCAAGCGAAGGAGCUUGAUGCCUACUACAGAGAAACCGGCAAGACAAAGGGUCCCUUCCAUGGACUCCCCAUUUCAAUCAAGGACAAUUUCAACCUGAUAGGCGUUGAUGCGACCGUGGGAUUCACCUCUCUGGUAGACGAUCCUGCCACGUACAAUAGCACCCUGGUUGAUCUGCUGCUCGGUGCUGGUGCAGUCCUAUAUUGCAAAACCAAUGUUCCCACGGCGAUGAUGAUCGCCGAGACAGUGAAUAAUGUCUUCGGCCGGACAGUCAAUCCACGUAACCGCAAGCUCACAUCCGGAGGCUCGUCUGGUGGAGAAAGUGCUCUGAUUGCCUUCGGCGGCAGCCGAAUCGGUGUUGGUACAGAUAUCGGCGGCUCCCUCCGCAUCCCCGCUGCCUGCACAGGCAUCUUCACUAUCCGCCCUUCCUUUGGCCGCUUUCCUAAUUUCCAGACCCGCUCCGGCCUCGCAGGCCAAGAGGCCGUCAACAGUGUCAACGGGCCAAUGGCCAAGACACUCGAGGAGAUCGUUCUCUGGGCUCGCACCGUCGUCGGCCAGCAGCCUUGGCUCACUGAUCCAAAGUGCCUUCCCAUCCCCUGGCGGGACGUUGAGGUAAAGAAGACAUUGAAAAUUGGUGUCUUGCACCACGAUGGAUUAGUGACGCCCACGCCUCCCGUUACCCGUGCCCUGAAUGAGACAGUGCAGAAGCUAAAAGACGCCGGCCAUAAGGUUGUGACGUGGGCACCGACGGAGCAUAAGGACCUGCUCACUACGCUGGCCAAAUUCUUCGUCGCUGAUGGGGGCAAGAGCAUUCGCAAGCUCUUGGAGCCAACAAGCGAACCAUUCUGUCCGGAGAUGAAGGCAUACGAGGAUGCGGCGGAACUCGGCGUCCAUGAGAUGUGGCAGCUUCAUUUAAAGCGAAACGCACUCUGCAAAUCGUAUCUUGACCGGUGGAAUGCGAGCGGUAUUGAUGCUGUUUUAUGCCCAGUAACACCUUAUAGUACCGUCGAGCACGGAAAGUUCGCCUAUGUUGGUUACACCGGCGUCUUCAAUGUGCUCGACUACCCGGGCGUCUCGUUCCCAUGCGGUGUCAAAGCAGAUAAGGACAUCGACAAGUCUUACGUCAAUCACCAACCGUUGACCGACAUUGACGCCCAGAUCCAGAACGAUUACUCCGCCGAAUCAGUCCACGGUAUGCCGGUGAGCUUGCAGCUCGUUGGGCGUAGACUCGAGGAUGAGAGGGUCUUGGCCAUAACAGAUGCCAUUCUCAGGGCUAUUGCGUCUUCGAAUGGGGCGAAGUAG